CAUAGCUCCUUUCAGGCAGGCAAAGUGCACCACUCCCCUCCCCCGCCCAGACCUGGGGCCUCUGACACCCGAAGCCUACAAGCUCCUGCUGUUGCCUCAGUUCUGACCUGCCGUACAGCAUGGCAGCUUCCAAAGGCGUGGUCCCCAGAACGGCUAGCCGUACAACAUGGCCGCCUACAGAGCGCGAACCGCGCCCCCUCCCGCCCAAUCACCGGAAGUUUCCAUUUGAAAGCCCGGCGGCAGACCCGGUCGCUGGUGCGGCAGUUACCGAGGAGCAUCCUUUGAACCAGGGCAACGAGGGCUGCGGGCAGGAGCUGCAGGAGCCUGGACCUCAGCUGCGCCGCCUCGUUACGAUGACCAGCGUGGUUAAGACAGUAUACACUCUGCAGCCCCCCGCUGUGCAGAGCGGCGGCCUGCCGGCAGACACACAAACUCGAGCCACUUCUAAGAGCCUGCUACCUGUUAAGUCCAAGGAAGCAGAUGUUUCCAGACUUCAUUCAGGAGGUUCAGAAAACGAUGUUAUAAAAGUCACUAAACCAAGACGAGAGAACGGGCAGGUAAAAGCUGCAGACCCUGCCACGAGGAAGAACCUCAGAAAGAGCUAUAAACCACUGAGUAAACAGAAAUCAGAGGAAGAGCUCAAGGAUAAGAACCAGCUCUUAGAGGCCGUCAACAAGCAGCUGCAUCAGAAGUUGACUGAAACUCAGGGAGAACUGAAGGACCUGACCCAAAAGGUGGAGCUGCUGGAGAAGUUUCAGGACAACUGUUUGGCAAUUUUGGAGAGCAAGGGCCUCAACCCAGUUUUAGGCAGUGAGGCCCUGGCAUCACAGCAAGGAUCCACCACCGAUCACACGGACUCUAUGUUGCUGCUAGAAACUUUGCAAGAUGAGCUGAAGUUUUUCAACGAAACAGCCAAAAAGCAGAUGGAGGAGUUACAGGCCUUAAAAGUAAAGUUGAAGAUGAAAGAAGAAGAGAGAGCCCGGUUCCUAGAACAGCAGACGUUAUGUAACAGUCAAGUAAAUGACUUUACAGCAGCCCUUGAGGAAAUGGAACAGCUAUUAGAAAUGUGAUAAAAAGCAAGUGACCAGAUGGCUCCCACAAAGGAAGCCACUUAGGACAUCUGCUUCUCGGCCAUGACCUUCUAGGACUCACUAUCCCCAGAAUGGAAACAGUUUCUGCAGUAGGAUUAAGGACAGUCUAUGCUGGAAUGGCGGUUCCUCCUUUAGGCAAGCGUGCGCCCCCCUCAGACUGAUGGGCCCUCCUGAACCUUGCACAUACAGAAUCGAGGCCAACAAGAGAGCCCCUCUGUCCCCAGAAGCUUGGAUUGACUCUCUAGCCAACAAAGCGAACGGCAGGCCAUUAGAAUCAGGAGACUAAACUAGCCACAGCCAGACGAUCCCAAAGGUCACAUUCAGAUGCAUAGGAAGAAAACCUUAAUUGUACCGUGGAAUACAGAGACUCCAUGGGAGAGAUCACUGAGAAGCAAUGCUGUCCCCUUCUAACUUGGAACACACUUUGUCUAAUCCUGGUUGGGCUCUAGACCUCAUUGUUAAAUGAAUGAACGUGAAGUUACUGGAAAUGGCUUAAUAAAUGAGGGUGAAGGUUUAGAUAGAAGUAACACCUACCUGAAAUAAUACAACUUGGAGCUUUUAAUCUAAAUCACUUCUGCUUUUAUUUUUUAUUAAGUGCUACUUUUAAAAUAAACAUUUCUGUGACUAUCCAGACUGCAACACUGAGAAAUGAAAAUAAGCCAUUUAACUGACCCAUGUCCACCGAAUACUCUUGGCCUAAUCCAGGGAACAAGUUCAAGACUCCAGUGUAACCCACAAUAUUUUUCUUCCACUUCAGUGCUCUGUGGCUAGCCCUGCUGUCUUCCAGGAGCAGAGCUGGUCUUCUGAGGGUGUCUGCUGUUUGUGGCAGUAGAUGCCUGACUCCAUCCUCCAGCUGUGUGUCACUAGCUGCCUGUGCCCUCUCUAUAUUCCUGAGCCUGGUUCUCUUCUGCUCUUUGCAUAGCCAAUCCAGGGCCUGGCCCCAUGGAUCCCUAGUUAGCUAAAGUCCAUGGUAGGCUUCCCUCUGGUUUACUAAGGCAGAGCUCUAUUUCAUUUCUUAGUCGAUCUAGGCAGACUUCAGCUAUCUUCCGUGUUUUUCUGCAUCUCCCAAUUUCUACACUAACCCCACCCCCCUCCACUCUUGAGCAUUGAGACUACCACACAACCAGGCCAAGGAACACCCCCACCCUGACUUUAGGGCUAAAUUUCUUUGCCUUCACACACACAUUCACACAGUUGGUUAUGUCCCCAAAAUCAGACGUACGUAGUUACAUAACUCACCAGUCAAAAGGGCUGAAUAUUUUCUUCUACCCAUUUUCAGCAUGUUUAUAGUUUAAAAGAUUAUUUACCCAAAUGAAUGUAUAAUUGGCAUUUCUGCCCCUCCCCCCACAAAGUUCUACUUCCUUCUUGGAAAGAGAGCGGGAGAACUCAGCUGUGGGAUCCUCACCUCCUUGUCAGGCCGCCCUAGUUAACACCUAGGAACGUAACUUCCUCAAUGCCUAUGACUCCUCUAACCCAGCGCCGAAACCCUGUUCGCUGGUGGCCAGCCAAGGGCCUUUGCCUCACCAGCUCCCCUCUGUGCUCCUUUGCCUUUUCUGUUGCUUCCUCCUACCUUUGUUGCUCCAUCUGCCUCUCUCGUGGAGGUGUUCGGGAUGAUUCAUCUGUUCCGUAGGCAGGAUGAACUCAUGUUAGGAGAAACUCAGCAGACAGUAAUUCAUACUCUCCAAUCUGCUGGGUGCUCUAGGAAACUUUAAUAGAGAAUGGCAUUCUUAACCUCAAAGAUGCUUACCAUCUAUUUGGGAAAACUUGUAUGUGUAGGUUACAUGUAAGUGAAAUAACAAAGAGCAACACUUUACUAACUGGGUUGUGUGGCAUAGGUAUGUACUCUAGUAGUUCACUAUGGGCUAGUUUGGUUGGGGAGGGCUUCAGGAGGAGGCAGACCGGAGACUGAAGGAAGAGUAACAUCUGGAGAGGCUAGCUAGAAAGUGGAGGACAUUCCAGAUCAGUAAACCUGUGGUGGUUCAGGGAGAGAAGCAAGGUCAGGUCACAGGCAGCUCCGCUUCCUUUCCCCCCACCUCACCCUCUGCGUAUCUUCCACCUGGCUAUUCCUGAGUUACAGCCUGUGCAGUAAAUAAAAUGUUUCUCUGAGUCUGU